UUCAAAUGUAUUUUCAUCGCGCAGCCAUCAGCAUCCCUUUUUGCCCUUUCAUGGAUGAAAUCCAGAUGGAACUUCAGCGCUCAACUCCCUUCAUGGCUGGAUUCUCUGAAUAUACCCUUCACCAUGAAGGCACCAACUUUUCAAAACCCAUUUCUUACAACCUCAAAAUCUGUCCUCAACCAUACAGAGUUGAGCUCUCUUCUCUCGGUUUGCGGCAGAGAUGGAAAUCUUAAUCUCGGUUCUUCCAUCCAUGCCCGUAUCAUCAAGCAACCUCCAUUUUACGAUUCUGAUAGCUCCCUCCGCAAUGCCCUUUUUGUUUGGAACUCUCUCCUUUCUGUGUAUACGAAAUGCGGUCAACUGCAGGAUGCCGUUAAGUUGUUUGAUCACAUGCCUGUGAAAGAUACCGUGUCAUGGAAUACAAUGAUUUCUGGGUUUUUAAGGAACAGGGAUCUUGACACGGGUUUUAGGUUGUUUAAGCAAACGAGUGAGUCAAGGACAGUGUGUUGUCGAUUUGACAAAGCAACACUGAGUACAAUGUUGUCAGCUUGUGAUGGACUGGAGUUCUCUGGUGCGACCAAAAUGGUCCAUGGUUUGGUUUUUGUUGGUGGGUUUGAGAGGGAAGUCACGGUGGGGAAUGCACUUAUAACAUCAUAUUUUAAAUGUGGGUGUUUUAGCGAAGGUAAGCAGGUUUUUUAUGAGAUGCUUGAGAGGAAUGUUAUAACAUGGACGGCAGUGAUAUCUGGCCUCGCAAAAAGUGAAUUUUAUGAGGAUGGCUUGAGAUUGUUCAAUCAAAUGCGUUGCGGGCCAGUCAGUCCUAACUCUUUGACAUAUUUGAGUGCGCUCAUGGCUUGUUCAGGCUUACAAGCAUUAUCGGAUGGCCGUAAAAUACAUGGUAUGCUAUGGAAAUUGGGAAUGCAGUCGGAUUUAUGCAUUGAAAGUGCUUUGAUGGAUUUGUAUUCUAAGUGUGGCAGUUUGGAAGCAGCAUGGCAGAUUUUUGAGUUUGCCGAGGAACUUGACGAGGUUUCCUUGACUGUAAUACUUGUAGCUUUCACGCAAAAUGGACUUGAGGAGGAAGCUAUCCAGAUAUUUAUGAGAAUGGUGAAAUUGGGAAUUGAAGUUGACCCCAACAUGGUUUCUGCCAUUCUCGGGGUAUUUGUUCUAGGUACUUCUUUGACUUUCGGUAAGCAGAUUCACUCUUUAAUUAUAAAGAAGAACUUCAGUCAAAAUCUGUUUGUUAGUAACGGACUCAUAAACAUGUACUCCAAGUGUGGAGAUUUGUACGACUCACUGCAAGUCUUUCGUGAGAUGACUCAAAAGAAUUCGGUUUCAUGGAACUCUGUGAUUGCAGCUUAUGCUCGCUAUGGGGAUGGUUUCAGAGCGCUUCAAUUUUACGAUGCUAUGAGAGUGGACGGAAUAGCACCAACAGAUGUUACAUUUUUGUCAUUGCUUCAUGCAUGCAGUCAUGCAGGUUUAGUUGAGAAGGGCAUGGAGUUUCUGGAAUCUAUGACUAAAGAUCAUGGGUUAAGUCCACGGUCCGAACAUUAUGCCUGUGUUGUUGACAUGUUGGGGAGGGCUGGACUUCUUAAGGAAGCUAAAAGAUUUAUUGAGGGAUUGCCUGAGAAUCCUGGUGUCCUGGUUUGGCAAGCAUUGCUUGGUGCUUGUGGCAUACAUGGUGAUUCUGAAAUGGGUAAAUAUGCUGCUGAUCAACUAUUCUUGGCUACACCAGAUAGCCCAGCUCCUUACGUGUUGAUGGCCAACAUUUAUUCUAGUGAAGGGAAAUGGAAAGAGAGAGCACGUGCCAUUAAGAGAAUGAAAGAGAUGGGCGUAGCAAAAGAAGUGGGUAUUAGUUGGAUUGAAAUCGAAAAGAAAGUAAAUAGCUUCGUAGCAGGGGAUAAAAUGCAUCCACAAGCUGAUGUUAUAUUCUGCCUCUUGUCCGUGUUAUUGGAACACCUAAAAGAUGAAGGUUAUGUUCCUGAUAAAAGGUGUAUUCUCUAUUACUUGGAUCAGGAUAAAAUGGAUUAGUCAGCAAAUAUACUAAUGGUUCAUUUGCCAGUGAGGACCCUAUUGAGUUUAGUCAGAAAACUAGCCAUCCUAGAGCUUUGUUUGAAUUUUUGUGGAUCAGGGAUGUCAUGUUUGAGGUUGCAAUUCACUGUUUAAUUAAUUUAU